CUCUCUCUCUCCUUUGCCAAGCGGAGGACGUUUCCUCUCGCGCGGUUGCCUUGGCUGGGCGUCUCAAUGAGGACUCCUUAAGCCGGCGAGCCUUAUGCGCGUCGGGGUGCACGCACGGUUCGCUCGGGAGGUUUUCCACCCAUUCUCCCCGCCAUCAGAAACACGGUUGCCUGGAGGAGGACGGACCGGCUCUCUAGCUGCCCCGCGGCUCCUUAUGGAGACGGCCGGGAGAAGGCGGCGGCGCUGGCCGGGCUGCCUCCGAGCUGCGCUGUGGCUUUGCUGCUUGCUCCCGGCGCCGGUCAGCUGCACCUGGAACCGCGCGGGGCUCCAGUACGCCAAUCGGAGGAAUUGGUGUUCUUACACUGUCACCCGGACGGUUUCCUGUCAUAUCCAGAAUGGCACCUACCUCCAGAGAGUGUUCCAGAGCUGCUGGUGGCCCACAACUUGCACGGGGGGCAGCUAUAGAACGAUUGUCAGGCCAACGUACAAGCAGGCCUACAAGACGGUCACGGCUCUGCAGUGGAAAUGCUGUCCAGGACACACGGGUGCCAAUUGCGAGGCAGAGACUGCUGGCUACCAGGAUCCUCAGGACGCUGCUCAUGGGGCCGCCCCUUUGCGCAGACUGCCAGCCCAGCCUGCAGCUUAUUCUGGUUGUUUAAACUGCAGCAAACUCUCAGAGCUGCUGGAGAGGGUCAACUUCUUAGAAGCAAAGGUAGCGACCCUCUCUGCAGCUGAAUCUGUGCCCUCUCUGGUGCCCGGCAGACGGCUUCCUCCUAAGGGAGGCGACUCUCCUGAUUCCGUGGCCCUGUGGGGCUCCCUGGCUGCUCAGGGGAGCCCUGGGGAUGAAAGCGCAAAAGCAGGUUCUCCAGGACCCAGAGUUAGGCUGAGGACCACCAUACCUGGACGGGAUGGGAGGCUGGCCUCGCAGGGACCCCCAGGCCCUGUGGGUCCCAAAGGAGACGUUGGCAUCCGCGGCCCGUCAGGCGUACCUGGCGUCAAAGGCCCUGCUGGACCACAAGGGCCUCAGGGGCCUCCUGGUCCCCCCGGGCGGGAUGGCGCAAGAGGUUUCCCCGGAGAGAAGGGCCUCCCAGGGCCCCCUGGACCCCCAGGUCCACCAGCCCCUGUGGGACCAAAGUUAUCACCCAUUCCGGAUCAAAGGGACCCACUUCUGUCAAACACCUUCAUUGAAACAGGGGUCACUGGUCCGGCUGGGCCGCCCGGCCUUCCAGGACCAAUGGGUCCUCCAGGGCCAGCUGGAAUCCCAGGUCAGCCUGGACGUGAUGGGAGCCCCGGAACCCCAGGAGCCGAUGGGGCAGCUGGUACCCCUGGAGAGAGAGGAGAGAGAGGACCACAAGGAUAUCCUGGCCGCCAAGGUCUCGAUGGAGAACGCGGUGAGCCGGGGCCCAAAGGUGAACCAGGCGAGAAAGGCACCUGGGCCAUUAGCUUACGAAGCUUCCUAGAGCAGCAGGCCCAGCUGAAGCUCUUGUCUAGGAGGGUCACCUUGCUGGAAGCUAUCAUCUGGCCAGAACCGGAACCGGGAUCAGGACUGGGCUUUUCCUCCACCAGCAUGCCUGGCUACGACCGGGGGAAGCGCGACGAGAGCCUGGCAGCCUACAAGAUGAUCUCCCACCACCUCUCUCAGAGGAGCGAGGAGGAGACGAAAUGAGGAGGAGGCUGUUGGCCUGCCCGUUGGCAGGUACAGACAAAGAGCAUCCUUUUGGGGGAGGGCGCGAGAGGCCUCUUUCGGGGUGCCCCCCCCAAGACCCAGCCCCCUUCCUCCCACUUUGGACUGCCCCCCCAUGAAGAAGCAGUGGAGAGGCGUGUGUUGAGGAGGGCGCUUGCUUGCCGACAGCUUGCUUCCGUAUUUAUUUCGCGCAAAGGUGUGUGUGUGUGUGUGUGUGUGUGUAAAAGUAACGGUUGCUGCAAUGCACCCCACACCUUCACCCCACAAGCUGCUGCCACAAGUAAGCCGCUAAGCAUUAUUUGUGGCCGCCUGAUUGUCUCGUAGGGAAAGCCAUUUAUCCCUUGGUGCUAUUUAAACGGGGAUAUUUUCCCUCUGCACAGCACAACUGCACCCUCUCCUGUAGCUUGCUGUUUUUCUACCGCUUGGGACUUUGACCUGGAAAUUUAACUAGUUUUUCUGCUAAAUUUCUCCUGGUCCCUGAAUCGCCCCUUUCCCCCCCAUAGCCUGGCCCGGGCAAAGAUAACGAGGAGAGAAACCGGGCUUUUCUGGACUACUGUUUUCAACCGCAGUUGUGGAAGCUCAGGAGUGGCAGACGUCACAAUAUCUCUGCCAGGAAAACAAAAGUUUUCCUGCUUUCCGCUCGCUUCUUAAGAAUGGGGAGCCCUAGUAGGGUCAGGUCAAAGGGGUUCCUGGGGUUUCUCUUUCGCUUGGGAUGCCUGGCAGUGCGUGUUUGUGGAGAGAGGACAAACAUUUCCCCUUCCCUGGCAGAAGCUGCCAACGCUGAACUGUGCGGACGUUUUAAGAACUACAUCGGUGGCUGUCCCAACAAACGAUUGCGUCCUUUGUGAUUGGAUCUCCGGGUACAAUUUUAGCGACUGGAUCAGAUCCGGCAUGCAAGCCGUGUAUCCGAAGUUGUCAAGUGGGCUGCGAAGGCGAUUCAAACCGAGGUUAGAUGUUGCAACAGGUGGGAUAGCUGGUGCUACCAUGAAGCCUCGAGACGAUCAGACUACUGUACUCUUAAUGCAAAGUCUUGUGGGCAAAGCAGAUCAGGGAGAGAGAAGGAUGUGUGUGUGUGUUUAUCUAUGUGUGUCUGCCUCCAUAUAAUGUAUGUACUCUCUGGGAUUUUGGCUGACAACAGGGACCAGGUCAAUAAAGCUUCACUGAACGCGA